UCAAACAGAGAAGAAGAUGAAGAAGCUAUAUCUGUCAUCGUUUUCGCUUUUUUUUACUAUGCAUGUUAAGAAACAUUCUCAACUCGGCAGGGGAGAAGUGAAUUUGAAAAGUUAUUUAUCUAAUUGAUGUUCAGUAGUUGUUUUUGUUAAGUAUCACUCGUGUCAAAACUUGAAAAAGUAUCUAUCGUAAAUUGAAUUCAUAAACAAAAUUCAUUUUCGAUUCAGUCAGAUUGCUGGUACAACUAUAAGCAGGCACUUUUAAUUAUUGUGUAACAUUUGAUAAAGGAAAACAAAAGCAUAAAAGUUAUAUUCCGGAAAUAAAGUUCAAUAUGCAAGGAACAAAACGACCAGCGUCUGCUAUUGGAAAUAGUGAAUACGAGAAGAUUGAAAUUCCCAAUCAUGACCCUUCUGCUUACUGUAGAUUGUGUUUUUCCAUUACUCAGCUAGAGCCAAUUUUUGGGAAUCCUAAGGAUAGUAACGAAUCACUUACCCAUCUAAUCGAAGUCAGUACCAGCAUCAAACUUAAGGUCGAAUCCGACUAUCCAUGUUCCCUCUGUCGUUUAUGUUACAACAAAAUGAAAGAAUUUCAACAGUUUCGAAAAUUGUGUCAAUCGUUAAAUCGUGUAGUUCGACGUGCAAAGAAAGAGGCAGAAAACGGAUCUUUUGUUGUUACACCGUCUGCUCCUGUCCAUGUUCCAUCGCCCCUGCCUGUAUCUAUUCCGGUUUCCACACCCACCAUUACCUCUACGACGCCGGCGUUCGAGGAUACCGUUCAGGAUGCUUUUUGGAUACAAGAACUGUCAGAUGAUGAAGUAGGGAUCACUGAAACUUCUUCCCAAAACGAAUCAAUUGGAGUCUCAACCGAAGAAUCAUUAGAAAACGAAGGCGAUAUGCCAUACAUAAAACUCGCCAACGAUUGGUACUGCUGCAAACUUUGCUCUAAAAUUUUUGAGAAUUUAUCAAACCUCAUGGAUCACUUCAGAAAUUGUCAUCCCGAAAAAGUACAAGUCUAUAGUUGCUCGCAAGCUGCAAUACCAGUUUACAAAGUUAGGGCCCUGAAUAUUAACGAAGUGUUGGUGGGUGGAGCAAUUCAGUAUAAAUGUGACUCUUGCGAUACCUUGUUCAGUCAGAAAAGAAAUAUUGCUCGGCAUCGUUGGAGGUAUCACAGCGCUCACGCGGAAAAAUUCCCUUGCACGAAGAUUGUCUGCGAGAUAGUGGGCUGUGGUUGCUUUUUCAUGGAUAACAAAGCAUACCGGCGGCACCUGAUGGCCAUGCAUCCCAAUGAGAAGGCUCCUGAUCCGGGACCUAACGGUGUAUUGGUGAAUCAUUUCGUUUAGAAGGAUUCCUUCGUUAGCUGGGUUCUACCGUUCUGGACGAAAAAAUCAUCGUUUAUAUCAAAUCAGCACAACAUUUACAAAAAAGAGUGCAAGCAGAGGCAAAAUUCAACUUUUCAGUCAUACGUAAUAAACUUGGAAGCACCGUGAAAGAUCAAGUUAAUUGUUUAAUUAAAUGUGAAAGAAAACAAACAACCAGGAAGGAAAGCUCAGAAUGAAAAUAUUUUCGUCAAAGGAAUCUCAUUGUAUUAAAAAAAAUCGAUUGGAACUAUGAUCUCCUAUUCCAUAAGGCUUGAUAGAUUCGAAUGAUAAAAUCUACGUUCGUUUGCAGGUCAACUUUCUAUGAAAAUCACCGAUUUAUUCUAGCUACCCUGCUCAACAAUGAAUGAACUCAUGCACAACUCGGAUCAAAAUACAUCACUUUAUUGGUAGAC